AUGUGGAAGGCAUUUUUGCCAGAAGGUGAAGGGUUCAACCGGGACCACCCAAUCAUCAACGUUAGCGGCCCACAGGCGGUGGACAUAUCGGACAUAAAACUGCCGCCGGUCAUGUUGGUGGUCGGCGGGUUCGAUGUCCUACAGGACUGGCAAAAAAGAUACUAUGAGUGGCUGAAAAAGUCCGGGAAAGAAGUUUAUUUGGUAGAGUACCCAAAUGUGUGUCAUGCUUUCUAUAUCAUUCCGGAAUUGCCUGAAUCUGGACAACUUAUUGCCCAAAUGAAAGACUUCAUUCACAAGGUAUCGAGUAAUGUUGCCCCCAAAUGGACAAAUUAUAACUUUUGUUAA